CCGGCUGCCUUUGAAAUUGUUCUCCCCAUCACUGUGUUGGUGCUGAGCGACGAUGACUUUGUCCAGGAUGACGGCGAGGAGCGAGGGGCCGAGUUGGAGAAGGAGGCUGAGCUGGGCCAGAGCGUUUUCCUCAAAAGCAGCGAGAGGCCUUCACGGGAGGGGAAGAGCGACAGCGAAGAAAACAGGGCACCUUCACACGAGGGUAGUGGUGCCAAGUGCUCCGAAGUAAAACACGUUACAGAGAGCAGGUGUAGCGGAUCAGGAUCAUCUCUAAGUGACCACCGUGGCGCAGGCGAGGAUGACUGUGGUCCGAAUCACGUGUUGCCCCCAUCACCCUACAAAACGGACCUUGCAGAGGGAAAUGAAGCCAGUGACAGGAAAGAACACGAUGGUGAUGAUGGAUUUCAGAAGAUUCCUCCUCUUUUCUCUGCUGGUAGUGAGGGUAGAGACGUUACCAUCAAGGCGAGCGGAGAGUUGACGCUGGCAGUGCUAUCCAGACCUGAAGAGGAGCGUGUCCGUGUAGCAAACGUUCGUUCUGAGGGCAGAAAAGAAGAACAACCAGAAAUCCACAGGGCUGCUGAAACAAAAGAUCCCGAUUAUUCUGAGAAUGGAGAUAAUGAAGCUGGUGAUAGAAAUAGAGAGAGAAGCAAAUCUGGAGAUGAAACUCUGGGUUCCUUUUUGGAACAUGGCUUGGAAGAAGGACUGAAACUUCCUUCUAAUUGUUCUCCGCUUCUUAAUGGCAUGAUAAGGCACAGCUACUCCCACCGUAAACCGUAUUUCUGUGAAUUCUGCCAGUUGGCAUUCACAAGCACCGCUGGGUUAAAGAGACACAGAACGUUACAUGCAAGCACAGAACCACACCAAGGGCAGCAGCUUGACUUUGUAAGGGAAAGGAAGAGAACUCUAAGACCUUUAAAGAGUUACACGUGUGACGAGUGUCACGUUGUGUUUUAUACUAGGGAACAUCUCGACUUUCAUAAGAAAUGUCAUGAACAGUUUAAGGCUACUGCUAAGAUUUAUACGAAUCAAAGCAAUGAAUAUCAGAAAAGCAAAAUAUGCAAAGCUGACUGUCGUUCCCAGGACCGUAUUUCUCUCUCUCUUUCUGGUAAUGGAAAUGCUUCUCUCGGUGGGGGAAUGCUGGCUUCAGAAGGAGACCUUGAGCGAGCUGGUGAUGUGCACGACGAUAAAAAACUACGCUCUGGAAAAAGGUUCCCAAAAAACAACCAUGGGAGCAACAGCUUGCCUGUUAUUGCGAAUAGAUCAGAAGUUCCUCUGAAUUCCUACGAAGUGGAUGCUGCAGUUUUCAAAGAAGAACCUCUCCUCAGCUGCCAGGCCUCUUACUCGCAAGUUCAAGAUGAUGAUGCGUAUCACAGGUUUGGGGAGAACUUAAAGGAUGUGUGGCCUCACAGUUUGUCUGCGUUCAAAAUGUACAAGUGCGAGCACUGCGAUUUUGCUACUGCUCUUCACGGCGACCUUAAGCUUCACUUACAAAUACAUACAGACAAAAGACCGUUUGGGUGUAAAGAACGCAGUAAGACGUUUGAAACAUCAAACCAUUUGCAGAAGCACAGUCUUACUCAUGUGAAGAAUGGAUACGGGUUUGACCAUUGUCUGUACGUAGAUCACCGUUUAGAGAAUCUUGGAUUGCAUCAUGAAAUGCAUUUACGCCUGUCUCCGGAAAGAGAUUUUGGUUCCUUGGAAAGUUCAAACAGCAUCCAUUCCUUUCUUGGUUCCGAAGUGUAUGAACUGAAGCCAGAUUCCCCGAAAGGCAAAGAAAACGGUUUGCUAGCCCAAAGUCAGGCGGGGUUAUAUCAGUGUACAGAGUGUGAUUACGCUACUUAUAUUUUAGGCAACCUUGAGCUACAUAUAAGAACCCACACAGGUGAGAAACCUUACAGCUGCAGCGUCUGUCAGAAGAAGUUUCCCCGCAGUGGAAAUUUGAAGCUACACUUGAGGAUUCAUACAGGGGAGAAGCCGUUCAAGUGUGAGCAGUGCGGUGUUGCUUUCCGCACAUCCAGCCACCUGAAGCGCCACUUGCUGACUCAUUUGAAGCUGCACUGCCGAAGGUGUAAAUUUUCUACGGUGGAUAAGAGCGCUUUCCAAAAGCAUGUGAGAGCACACAAAAAGAAGUUCAAGUGUGCAAAGUGCAGUGUGGUGCUGCCUACCAAAAAGCUGCUGGAAAAGCAUAAACAGCAACAUGAGCUUGAAAUAUGA